UGCAAGGGUAUCAACAGCAGCGAUAGAUACACAUGCUCAUCUCUCAGCAUCAGCAGCACAGCUAUAUAACCUGAGCAUCCGCUGCACAGGCUACCAGAAUAUACGAGAAACGCUCAAACUGCUGGAAGGGUUAUGAGACUGUCAUAACGGGGAAUUAUUGUAAAGGGAUAUGACAAAAUCAUUCACAGAGAAUAGCAUAAUGCCAGGGUCCCAAAGCACUUCAAACUGGACUGAUGAAUGUUUAAGUUCCCAAGAUGAGCACGACAUGGAAAAGAACAACAGGGAGCAUAACAGGACAAGCAAGGGAGAGGAUUAUGAAGAAGAUGAUGAAUUUAACAGAUUAGAAGGCGACGAUGAUGACGAAGAUGAGGAAGAAGAGGAAGGUGACGAACAGAAACCUAAAAGGCGAGGACCCAAGAAAAAGAAAAUGACCAAAGCGAGACUGCAGAGGUUUAAAAUGAGGCGCACAAAAGCCAAUACCCGGGAAAGGAACCGCAUGCAUGGGCUGAAUGAUGCACUUGACAGCUUGCGUAAAGUUGUGCCGUGCUACUCAAAAACUCAAAAAUUAUCCAAGAUUGAAACCCUUAGGCUGGCAAAAAAUUAUAUAUGGGCUCUUUCUGAAACCCUACGAUCUGGAAAAAGUCCAGAUUUGAUGUCCUUCGUCCAGGCCCUCUGCAAAGGCUUGUCCCAGCCCACCACUAAUCUGGUAGCAGGCUGCCUUCAGCUGAACCCCAGAACCUUCCUUCCAGAGCAGAGCCAGGAAAUACCCUCACAUAUGCAAACAGCAAGUUCUUCCUUCCCUGUUCAUCCAUACACAUAUCAUUCUCCUGGUCUUCCCAGUCCACCAUAUGGUACCAUGGACAGCUCCCACAUUUUUCACGUUAAACCGCAUUCAUAUGGAAGCGCAUUGGAGCCAUUUUUUGAAAGCACUCUUACAGACUGUGCUAGCCCUUCAUUUGAUGGACCCUUGAGCCCACCACUGAGUGUAAAUGGAAACUUCUCCUUUAAACAUGAGCCUUCUUCAGAGUUUGAAAAGAAUUAUGCCUUUACCAUGCACUAUCCAGCAGCAAGUCUGGCAGGACCACAGGGUCAUGCUUCCCUUUACUCAAACACUGCAAAUCGCUGUGAAAUCCCCAUUGACAACAUCAUGUCAUAUGAUGGACAUUCCCACCACGAAAGAGUCAUGAGUGCCCAACUGAAUGCUAUUUUUCAUGACUAACAAGACAAAAAGUCACAGUGCAUUGAUGAAUCCAAUUAAAUGUACUCAAUGAAUGUCUUGUUUAAGGAGUCAUUGCAUUGGGUUACUAUAUCAGUGCAAAGUGCAAAUAUUUCACGUUUAAAAUAAUGUAUGUAUUUAUUGUUAUUACUGCCUUUAGGUGAAAUGAGGAUGCAAAUUUUUGUUCACCUUGUAUUAUAUUCUAUAGCGCUUCUAUUUAAAAAAAAAAAAAAAAAAAAAAAAAAAAAAAGCCACGCUAAGAAUUGCCAUGGCUAUUUUCUGAUUGUGUUAAUCAUCUGAUCCAUUUGACAAAAUCACAAGCAAUAAUUAGGAAUCUAUGCAAUUUUUAAACUAAUAAUGGGCCAAUUUACACUCUCUCUAUAUAUAUAUUUUUCAACCAACAUUUUACUACUUAUCUUUCCCAUACUGAAUUAUUUUGUACAGAAUUUGUAAUGAACUUUUAUAUGGUCGAUUUCAUAUUUUAACCCAUACAACUCCAUCAAUAUUUUAUAAAAAAUAAUUUUAAAAAAUAAGCAAAAUAGAAUUGUCUCUAAUUUAUACAAAAUAAGUCAUUUUAAU